AUGAGCCUUUCUCCGAAGGAACUGACGAGCCUGCUGAGCAUCGUGUCUGAGGAGGCCGGAGGCAGCACUUUUGAGGGCCUCUCUACCGCCUUCCACCACUACUUUGGAAAGGCCGAGCAUUUCCGCGUAGGCUCAGUCCUGGUGCUGCUGCUGCAGCAGCCGGAUCUGCUGCCCACACCACCGCAGCGCCUGACUGCCCUCUACCUACUCUGGGAGAUGUACCGCACCGAGCCGCUCGCUGCAAACCCCUUCGCCGCCAUCUUCGCCCACCUCUUGAAUCCGGCGCCCCCAGAGCGCGUCCCCGCCGGCUCGGGGCCCGGAACUGCAGGGAGCGGCGGCGGGGACGAAAACGAAAGGCCGCCGCUGUCAGGCUUUUUGCCCCCUAUUACUCCACCAGAAAGGUUCUUCCUUUCUCAGCUGAUGUUGGCCCCUCCUAGAGAACUCUUCAAAAAGACUCCAAGACAGAUUGUGUCAAUGGAUGUAGGAAAUAUGGGCCAAUCUGUAGAUAUAAGCGGUCUUCAGUUAGCAUUAGCAGAACGUCAGUCUGAGCUGCCAACACAAAGUAAAGCUAGCUUUCCUAGUAUUCUCAGUGAUCCUGAUCCAGAUUCUUCAAAUUCUGGGUUUGACAGCUCUGUUGCAUCCCAGAUUACUGAAGCCUUAGUGAGUGGGCCAAAACCACCUAUUGAAAGUCAUUUUCGACCAGAAUUUAUCCGCCCACCACCUCCACUCCAUAUUUGUGAAGAUGAAUUAGCUUGGUUAAAUCCAAUAGAGCCAGAUCAUACAAUUCAGUGGGAUAAGUCAAUGUGUGUUAAAAAUAGCGCUGGACUGGAAAUCAAACGAAUCAUGGCCAAAGCAUUCAAAAGUCCUUUGUCAUCACAGCAACAAACGCAGCUUCUUGGAGAAUUGGAGAAAGAUCCUAAGCUUGUUUACCAUAUUGGCCUCACUCCUGCCAAAUUGCCUGAUCUGGUGGAAAACAAUCCUUUAGUAGCUAUAGAAAUGCUGCUUAAAUUAAUGCAGUCAAGUCAGAUAACUGAAUACUUUUCAGUAUUAGUCAACAUGGACAUGUCUCUACAUUCAAUGGAAGUUGUAAAUCGGCUCACUACAGCAGUUGAUCUUCCUCCAGAAUUUAUUCAUCUUUAUAUAUCCAAUUGUAUUUCUACUUGUGAACAAAUUAAGGAUAAGUAUAUGCAGAAUCGGCUGGUACGUCUUGUUUGUGUAUUCCUGCAAUCCUUGAUUCGAAACAAAAUAAUUAAUGUACAGGACUUAUUUAUAGAGGUACAAGCCUUUUGUAUUGAAUUCAGCAGGAUAAGAGAAGCAGCUGGACUUUUUCGAUUGCUGAAGACACUCGACACUGGUGAAAAUCCUUCAGAAACAAAGAUGUCCAAAUAAGACUGAUUUGGAAGAUUUUUUUUAUUUGAUUAUUGUGAAAAAAAUUCUGUAUAGUUUUUUGUUGCUUGCAAUUAAAAUAUUUGUGCUUUAUUAAUUAAUGCCUUUCUGUUGAAGCUUUUGUUGAUAGAACAACCUGAACUAAUUUGAACUUUAAGUAAAUUUAACCUGAUGU